AUGGCCUCUAUCGAUCGCAUAAGUAUGCGUGUAGCAAACAUGUCGACACCUAUAGGCUACUGGGGGCCCCCUACCUCCACCAUCGACUGGUGUGAGCUUAAUUACGAGUACUCCUACUAUAUCGCCGAGUUCUGGAACACCAUUAGCAACUUGCUCUUUGUUAUAUUAGGAUUCUAUGGCCUCUAUCGCAGUAUCAAGAUGGGUUUCGAGCCUCGCUUCCACUUGCAGUAUAUUGGUGUAAUGGUCACAGGCUUCGGGUCUGCCAUGUUCCAUGGUACACUGCAGCACGUGUACCAGCAAUGUGACGAAACGCCCAUGGUCUGGUCAAUCUUAGCGUGGAUCUACAUCGUAUACAACAACGAGAUCGAGCAGAUUCCUGUCAAGAAUGUUAGCAACUAUGUGAUCGCAUUCUUGACGACAAUUGGCGUCAUUUUUACGGUAAUGCACGCUUUCUAUCGGUUCACGACGGUCUUCCAAGUCUUCUUUGGCAUCUUGGCUUUCCUUGGAGCCGGACGACUCUGCAUGCACUACACUGAGGUGAAAGAUCCGAGAGCUCGUGCUGUUGCGAGGUCCUACGUAACGUCGACUCUCAUUGGCUUCGCGUUCUGGCUCAUCGACUAUCACUACUGUCAUACUUUUCGCGGCCUACCUAUAAACCCGCAAGGCCAUGCCUGGUGGCAUAUUUUUAUGGGAAUUUCGUCGUACUACGGCCCGAUCUUUAUGCAGUAUGUGCGAAUGGAACAGCUCAAGAAGAAGGUUCGUAUUCACGAUACGUGUAUUGGUAUUCAGACUAUUAUCGUGGAUGACAAUGGCUUGGAUUACCCAAAGAAUAUCAAGCAGCUUUAA